AGCACAAAGUGUGUUGGUCUCAUCCCCUUCAUGCUCUGGGCUCUGUCCUGCAGAGUGGACAUGAUGGUCACGCUGUGCAUUUGUCUCUAUAAUAACUAGGGGUUUGUAGGUCGCGUUUAUGAGCAUGGACACACUCCUGAACGUGGAGCGUGUGUCUGGGGAUGUUUUAAGAUAAGAGGGGAUAAGAUAAGACCAGAUAAGAUAAAACGAGAUGAGAUAAGACGACGUGGCGAGAUAAGACAAGCCUCUAUUGUCUUUGAAAGAAGAAAUCUGUCUUGGACACCAGGAGCACAAUGAAAAUGGACAUCAUCCAAACACAGAGCGCAGAGGCGGAACCUCACGGCGCUAGGACCUGAUCCUCGGGCUGAGUGCGCAAAUCCCCGCCGCCUGUCUCACUGUGGAGGCAGCGCGCGGUCAGAGGAGCCGCUCAGUGCGUGUGUGUGCGUGAGCGUGCGUGCACUUGCGUGUGAGUGAGCGGGUGCAGCUGCUGCGGCUCCACACAUCACCAUCACCGGCGGACCGCACCGGAGGCUCGGCUCGCCUCCCCGUAUGGACUCACCAUGCGCAGGAUACGGGCCAACGCCAUCGCCAUUCUGACCGUCGCGUGGAUCCUGGGCACCUUUUAUUACCUGUGGCAGGACAGCAAGCCGCACACGCCGCCCUCGUCCACGGACAGCCGAAGCAGGGGACAUGGCGGACAGCCCAAGGUGGUCCCCGGGCGGCUGGAGAUCCACCGGGACGACCGCACCAUCCCGCUCAUAGUGACCCAGCCCCCACGUUUGGACCAAAGCCAACUCUUGGGUGGCUUCGAUGAGAAAUCCUACCUCUCUGCCAAAACACUGAAGCCAGGGGACGACCCGUAUAGAGAACAUGCGUUUAACCUGCAGGAGAGCGACCGACUGGGGAGUGAGAGGGCUAUACGGGACACUAGACACUACAGAUGUGCUUCUAUGAAUUACGACGCAGACCUCCCCUCCACGAGCAUCAUCAUCACUUUCCACAAUGAGGCUCGCUCCACUCUGCUCCGCACCAUCAAAAGUGUCCUGAUGCGGACCUCUCCUUCCCUGAUCCAAGAGAUAAUCCUGAUCGAUGACUUCAGCGCGGACCCGGAAGACUGCCAGCUGCUGUCCCGGAUACCCAAAGUACGAUGCCUCCGAAAUGGACGCAGAGAGGGUCUGAUCCGGUCCCGAGUGCGAGGGGCGAACUCGGCCUCUGCCUCCGUCCUCACCUUCCUGGACUCUCACUGUGAGGUCAACGCUGACUGGCUGCAGCCCAUGCUCCAAAGGGUCAAAGAGGACCAUACCAGAGUAGUGAGCCCGAUCAUUGACGUCAUCAGUCUGGAUAACUUCGCUUACCUGGCUGCCUCUGCCGACCUGAGAGGAGGGUUCGACUGGAGUCUUCAUUUCAAAUGGGAGCAGAUUCCCAUCGAACAGAAAAUGGCCAGGAGUGACCCUACUCAACCAAUCAGAACUCCUGUGAUUGCUGGAGGGAUCUUUGUGAUGGACAAGAGCUGGUUCAAUCACCUCGGGCAGUACGACACACACAUGGACAUCUGGGGAGGAGAGAACUUUGAGCUCUCUUUCCGUGUUUGGAUGUGUGGAGGCAGCCUGGAGAUCCUGCCCUGUAGUCGAGUGGGUCACGUCUUCAGAAAACGACACCCGUAUGAUUUCCCAGAAGGCAAUGCUCUCACCUACAUCAAAAACACUCGCAGAGCUGCAGAGGUGUGGAUGGAUGAAUACAAACAGUAUUAUUACCAGGCGCGACCUUCAGCCCAGGGCAAGGCCUAUGGCAGUAUCACAGACCGUGUGACUCUGAGGAGGAAGUUGAACUGUAAACCUUUCCGUUGGUAUAUGGAAAACGUCUAUCCAGAGCUCAGGGUCCCGGAGCAGGAGGCCGUGUCCAGUGUGCUGAGACAGGGCGGACUGUGUUUGGAGAGCAGGGGCGCUGAGGGGCUCGGGCUGGGGGAGUGCAGGGGCAUCGGAGCCAACAGACCGCAAGCACAGAGGUGGGAGCUGAUAGAGCCACUGAUCCGGCAGCAGGAUCUGUGUCUGGCCAUCACAGCUUUCACCGCCGGGUCAAAGGUCAAGAUGGAGCCAUGCAACUCAAAAGAGCCCAGACAGAAGUGGAAGCCGAAAGGUGCCGCCCUCCAGCACAUGGUCAGUGGCUUGUGUUUGGACAGCCAGAGCCCCACCAGCCCCCCUGUCAUCAUGCAGUGUCGCCCCCAAGUGGCCAGUCAGAUAUGGGAGCCCCAAGUCAUCACCUGAUCCACACACGAGAUGUCUGGAGUUAGUCUUGGAGAAGAAGAAGAGGAGGGUAUCGGGAUGGACUCAAAACUGGACUCGAAUGAGAUUAUUUUGAACUUGACGGAUGAUUGGCGGUUGAAAGCUGUACUUCUGUGAUGUCACUUCCUGCUCAUCCUGCUGACAAGACAAAACAUUUCAAGGCCUUGAGAAACAAAGGUCAAAGUGUACAGUGCUCGAUCCUCUGAGGGGGUUGCUGCCAUUACCACAGCUUUUCACUGAACUGGUGCACAUUUCACUUUUGUUUUAUGUGUCUGCCCUGGUUUCAGUUUUGACAAGGGAUGGUUGGGUUUUAUGAAGAUGAGCUGUAACACUGACAAUGGAGUUUCAGAAUGAUGAAAAAAUAGCUGUUGCCGUAGCAAUUAAUAAUUCAAAACAAAACAUAGGUCUUCAAAAUGGCGCUUAAAAACAAGAAGCCCAUGAAUAGAAAUGAUCAGAGCAGUUAUACUUUUAGGACUUUUUAGGAUGGAUCAAAUGAAUUUCAGCAGUCACCCACUAAAAUUAUGGUUGGACAAUAAUUUACAGUAAAUAUAGUUAAUAUGUAUAUUCAAGAUGUGGAAGAACCUUAAGAUCUUUUAACAAGAAUCUCCAAUUUUCUCAAGUAGAUGAACAAUUAGUAAUGAUGUCCUUUGCACACCUAUUAUUAAGAUUUUAUGACUAUAUGAUACAAUAUUUAAAUUAUUUCACAAUUCAAGUUGCCAAAAUACUGCUUUUGACUACUUAGAAAAGGCUUUUGAUAACAUUGCAUUUUGCCAUGAAAUAUCUAAAACUUAAAUGCACAAAUGUUGAACCUGAUCAUUUCUAUAAGUAACAAGAACUCACCAUUUUUCAAAUAAAACAGCAUUUUAACAAUAUGUAUUAUUGAAUGUUGUGAUGUCAUCUGAAACCCAGCAAAUGGAAGCCUAAUUAACUAACUACAGCAUUCAUGGUUGCCCUACUUCAAAGCCCCCAAAUCUUUAUCAGUCGGAGAGUGAAGAUUGCCUCACAACUUGCAAGUGUACUUCUCUGUAGCAAAUUUGUCGGGGUGCACUUGUUCUUGUGGCCUGUAUCUUCGAGGCUGAGGUGAGCGAUGGCUGUGCAGACCAGGGCAGUGUUUGUGUAUAGCCUAAACUGAGCUUUUUGUAUUGCUGGAUAUAGCAGUCCUGAAGGCACCAUGCAAGCACUGUCAGGAACAUUAUUUAUUGUUUUGCAUGGUCAGACCCAAAGAAUGUUUUUUUUCUUCUCUGUCUCUCUAUUAAAGGUUUAUGUACAUAUUUGAAGCAGAUAUGGUCUGGAUUUUGUGUAAAGUAUAUAUGGUGUUUGAAAAAUAAAAUGUGGUAAUAAAGACAGAA